AUGCCUGCUCCACCGACACGGGACAGAGAAAUCACCAAUGUCCCACUGACAACGACAAGAGAGCCACCUGAAGAGGAUACAGAGUUGAACAUAACUGUUGCAGUCCGAUGCAGGGGUCGUAAUGAAAGAGAGAUCAACUCCAAGAGUCCAGUUGUCGUCACUGUCCCGGACAUCACUGGCGCCCAAGAGAUAUCCAUCAAUACCACUGGCGAAACGGGAAUCACGGCCCAAAUGAACUCCAAAACGUACACGGUGGACAAAGUGUUUGGUCCUGCUGCAGAUCAGGACUUGAUUUUCCAAGAAGUCGCGGAACCACUGUUUAGAGACUUUGUCAAGGGCUAUAACUGUACAGUUCUCGUUUAUGGGAUGACUUCCACGGGUAAAACAUAUACAAUGACUGGGGAUGAGAAAUUGUAUCAGAAUGGGACCAUGUUGAGCGAUGCCGCUGGUAUUAUCCCCAGAAUCCUGUUCAAGUUAUUCGACACAUUGGAUAAUCACCGUCAUUCAGAUGUAACUGGCUCAACGACAGAUUUUGUAGUGAAAUGUUCAUUUGUGGAGUUGUAUAAUGAAGAUUUGAAAGAUUUGUUGAAUUAUGAUUCGAACGACGAACAACAACAGCAGCAACAGCUAGGAUCUAGAAAAUUAAGAAUUUUUGAUUCGACAAACAAUAACAAUAAUAACAGCAAUUCCAAUGCAAGUAGUAGAGCCAGCUCAAGAAAUAACUCACCCAGAACAAGCUCUAUACUCCCCAACGCAAAUGCAACGAAUUUAGCCAUGAGGAAAAAAUCAAUAAGAUACAACUACAAUAGCAACAAUAAAGCUAAAUCAAGCAACAAUACGCGACCAAAUACAAACGAUGAACCUUCUUCAAUAGCAGGACCCGAUGAAAAUACCAAUGGGAUUUACAUUCAAAAUCUACAAGAAUUUCAUAUUACCAAUGCAAAGGAAGGUUUAUCACUUUUACAAAAGGGAUUAAAGCAUAGACAAGUAGCAUCUACCAAAAUGAACGACUUUUCAAGUAGAUCGCAUACAAUUUUUACAAUAACUUUAUAUAAAGAGCACAAGGAUAACUUAUUCCGUUUAUCCAAGAUGAACCUAGUGGACCUGGCUGGUUCAGAAAAUAUUAAUAGAUCAGGUGCUAUGAAUCAACGAGCUAAAGAAACUGGGUCCAUUAAUCAAAGUCUCUUGACGUUGGGUAGAGUCAUUAAUUCACUCGCAGAUAAGAGUCCACAUGUACCCUUUAGAGAAUCCAAAUUGACAAGAUUAUUACAGGAUUCAUUAGGUGGGAAUACUAAGACUGCACUGAUCGCUACUAUUUCUCCCGCUAAAGUCACUUCGGAAGAAACUUGCAGUACAUUAGAAUAUGCAUCCAAGGCUAAGAAUAUUAAGAAUAAACCACAAUUGGGAUCAGUCAUAUUAAAGGACAUCCUUUUGAAGAACAUUACUAGUGAACUGGCUAAAGUUAAAUCUGAUCUAAUGUCUACCAAAUCAAAAGACGGUAUUUAUAUGAGUCAUGAACAUUAUCAAGAACUAAUCAUGGAAUUAGAAAGUUCAAAGACAGAAGUACAAGAAUCAAAGAGAAUGAUUGAAAAAUUAUCUUCACAAAAUUCGAUGCUAUUGAAAGAUAAAAGAUCAGCCAAUGAAGUAAAUGAACUUCAAAGAAUUAAACUUAAUAAUUUAAAGGAUUCCAUGAGUAAUUUGAAUGAAAAAUUGGAAAUUCAAAACGGUAAAGAGACUAAAUUAAUGGAACAAAUAGGUCAAUUGGAGAAGUCUCGUGAAAAGUUGAAUUCUCUAGUGAAAAACUAUCAAACUAAACAAUCUCAAUUGAAAACACAGAUAAGCAACAUCUUAAAUGAAAACUUAUUCGAAUUGAAAAAAAUAUUAAAUAGUCAUAAAGAUGCCAUCAGGCAAUCUGAAGGAAAUUUUGACGUAGAAAUGAAUUUAAAAGUCAUUAAAGAUGAAAUUACAUCCAUGUUAGAAAAGACCCAACACAAGACGGAAAUGAUGUAUAAAGAAUUUAUUGAAGAAUUCUUGGAACAAACACCUAUCAAUCUUCAAAAAAUAUUUGAACACGUUACCCAAGUAGAAUUCAUGGUUACUGGUUAUUACAAUGAAAUUACUGAAAAUUUAUCUGAUAUUAGUGAGGAAUAUAAUAAUCUGAAACAAUACUUAGAUAAUGAUUUCUUUCAAAAUAAUCAUGAAGAUCUAUUGAAUAUUCACAUCAACGCUACGUCAGACAUUUUGGCUCAAUCGUCUGCGGAGUUAUUUAAUAAGUUUAAAAUAAUGAUGGAUGCUCAUUUAAUGGAAAAUAAAAAAUUAAUGAUCGACAAUUUUAGAACAGCCACCAACGAUGUCAUUACUAAGGAGAUGGAAUUAUUUAAACCAAAAAGAAAUAAAUGGGAAGAAUCGAUUGAAUUGAUAAAUAGAUGUGAUUCUAUCAAUAAUGGGUUCCACCACAAUAUGACUGGACAAGUUUCAAAGAUUAAAACCAACCUCGCCUCCUCUUCAUCUUCUAUCCACAAUGCCAUCGCAUCAAUAAAGUCACAAGUCCUUGAACAGUUAAGUAAUGAUGACUCUGAUGUGAAAACUGCUUUAGAGAAUGAUCCAAUGUUUAAUAAACAUUUUAAUGAAAUCAUUGAAAAAAACAUGAUUUUGCAAAAGAACAGAAAGAAUGCAAUAAAUUACACAGAUAAAUCUCUACUUAAUAUUGAUGAGUUAAGCGAGACGGUUAAGAUCGCACUAAAUAAUAUUGUGGACGAUGUCGCUAUUACCGAUGGUGACGAUAACUCACCUGGAACCAAGACAAAAUCAAAAUUACGACCCUUAAGAUCAGCAAGCCAAUUAUUAAUAAAUUCGAAUCAAAAUAAGGAAAAUGGAGUUAGAGGGAUAGAUGUCACUGAGAGUAAACUUGGUAAUAGUAAUUCGCAAAUACUUAAGAUUCGUUCCAAGAGGAAGCAACUCGAUGAGAAUGAUGGAAAUUUAGCUUCUAAAAAGAUAUCGCGAUUGAAUCGUUAA